GCCCUGCCAGGAACUUCGUGACGGUGCGCACGCGUGACGGCGGGUUGUCGGUGCACCCCGUGCUCGCGUACACGUGGGGCCACCGCAUCCACUUCCUCAAGGCGACGCCAGAUGAAGCCGUUCACAGCACGAGCGUGCGUGUGUCUGGUCUGACCGGGCACUACAAGGCCGACGUUCCGAUUGUCGCCGUGCACUGGCUCACGGAACGCGUCAUCCUCGCACUCGACGCAAACGAGCAUGCGCAUGUUGUUGAUGUGCAGGCGAAUCAGCUGGUGGACAUGCUCGAUCUCAGCCACGUUGAGCUCGUCUUCAACACCCGAUUCACAAAGAUGCGGCAACAGAAGGGCCAGCUGCGGGACUACAGCUCCGGCAUUGCCACGUUCGACGGCUUCGUCUAUCUCGUCGGACUCAAGGGCGUCCACCUCCUCAGCAUGGCCAGCUGGCAAGAGCGGAUCAAGUCGCUGAUGAAGCAGAAUCUGUAUGUGGAGGCGAUUGCGCUCGGGCUCUCCUUCUACGACAACACCGCACUCGCACAACACCGCCUCCCACACGAUCCGGCUGCGCGCCAAACGGCUGUUCGCGAUUUCCUCAUCAACAUCAUCGACACAUACGCAGACCUCAGCAUCGCCAGCAACAGCGACGUGGAUGCGACGGUCGACAAUCCUGCGCUCCACGCUCGGUUCUUGGCCAUUGUGCAGCUUGUUGUCGAGAGCUGCCUCGCCAUCAACGCAAAUGAUUUUCUGUUCUCGACCAUCUUCGACAAGCUGAGCCUGCACCCGAUUGCGUGUGGCGUGUUCUUCGAGAGUUUGCGGCCCCUCAUCCUCGACGACAAAGUGGACUCGCUCCCGCCAGCUGUCAUGAAGAUGUUUGUGGAGCACUUCAAGGAGCAGAACCGGCCGGACAUUGUGGAGGAGUGCGUGAUCCGAAUGGAUGUGACGACAAUGGACAUUCACCAGAUGGUGUCGCUGUGCUGGGAGCACAAGCUCUUUGACGCAAUGAUCUACAUCUACAACCAGGGCAUGAACGACUACCUCACCCCGCUCCGCGAAAUGAUGCAGCUGCUGCAAGCGAGCAUCCGUGCCCGCAGCGCCGACGUCAUUGCUGGCGGCGCCCUCCACCAACACCUCGACGAGCAGGAACUGGAGCUCGGGUACAAGCUCCUGCUGUACAUCAGCUUCUGUCUCGCAGGCCGCGCCUUUCCACGAGGAGACAUCCCAAAGGACCGCGUCCGCCGCGUGAAGUGGGAGGUGUACCGGUUUGUGCUGAUGCAGCAUGGCGAGCAGCAGGAGACAACGACAUACCCGCACCUCCGCGCACUGCUGCAGUUUGACACCAAAGAGUUUCUCAAUGUCCUCGCCAUUGCCUUUGAUGAAACAGACCUCGUCGCCAAUCCAGACCCCUCGGGGCCCGCCCUCCCGAGCAGACAGGUUGUGGUGGAAAGUCUGCUGUUUGUGAUGGUGAAGGACAACAAAGGAAAGAACAUGACGUUCACACCAGAGCAGGUUUGCCACCUCUUCACAUUCAUCGCCCGGCAGGUCUCCAGACACGACAACAUCAUCUCGGUUGACCGGACGCUGUUUGACCAAGUGCUGCGUCGCCUCACGUCAACAGACGCCGGCAGGAAGGACGAGCAGGAACAGGCGCUGCUUGAUCUGCUUGACGCCGGCGGUCUGGCGCAAUUUGAUGUCGAAAAACUCCUCACAUCGUGCGAACAAGCAGGCUUCUACAUGGUGUGCGAGCGGGUGUACUCGGAGCAGCAGCGGUAUGCGGACAUUGUGCCGUGCUACCUGCGCGACCCGGCACGCCAGCACCUCGUGUUCCCCUUCAUCCACCGCUGCCUGAAGCAGCAGUACGUGCCGCCGUCGGAGGCGCAGAAGAUCAAAGAGGCAACAGUCGACCACAUCGAGGACUUUGUUCGCAUCAGCGCACAGGACACGGCCAAGCUGAUUCUGGCGUGCUUCAACCCGCAGCUCAUGCUGUUUGCACAACGCCUCUCCUCCACUCCAGAACUGUUUUAUCAGUUCCUCAAGAGCGUUUUCCAUCUCAGAGACCGCGCGCCCGAGGGCACAGACUACAAUCUGCCCGCUGAGCUGGAGGAGGCGUUCAUCGAAGCCAUGUGCCGCGACCACCCAACAGAGGUCUACAACUACCUCAAGACGCACGAGCACGUGCGCAUUGAGCAGUGUCUUGUGCUCACCAAGCGAUACAAGCUCACAGAUGCCACGGCGUGGCUCCUGGAGAGGAAGGGCGAAUUCCUCCAGGCUUACGCCCUCAUUCGCGAGACACUACUCACGCAGCUCUCGCAGUACAACCUUGCCUUUGAGCAAGUGGAGAAAAUGCUGACUCGGCAAGAGCAAGCGGGCGAGCCGCUGCAGGAUCCAGACCCUGAUCCACGAGAGCCCGCCAUCAAGGCGUUCCGCAAGUUUCUCGAUGUUGUGCUCGACAUGCUGCAGCGCUGCUCUCGCAGGAUGCCGGACCAGAAGGAGCGUCGCAGCAUCUGGUGCAAGACGCUCGAGGUCCUCAUUGAAUUCCAGCAGAUUAUGCGCACAAAACUGCGGCUGACAGGCGGCGACUACGCCCACGUCAUGAACAGACAUAUGAAGGAGGUUGUGCGGCAGAUGGCGGAGUUUGUUGAUCCGCCAGCAAUUCUCCACCUCAUCAUGAGCGGCGGCGCCAUGAGCGACAGAUUCGAUGACAUUCGCGAUUUGGUCACGGGGAUGUUGGAGACGUACAACUAUGAGCGCACGCAACUGCAGACGACCAAUGCCAUUAUCCACAAUGACGUGUACGGGCUGCUGCAAAACCGCCAGCGUGCACUGCGUCACGCCUACCCUUCGGCCUGGAGGUGCAACCUGAGCAACCGCCGCCUCUAUGGCGCCGAUGCCGUUGAUGAUGACAUCAUCAUGUUCAGAUCCGGACAGUGCACCUACCUCUCGAGUCUUCCUCGCGUGCCCCGCCGCUUCCGCAAGAACAAACAGGACACAACCGACAUCCAGGGCCACCACAACGUCAAAGCGCUUGACCGAUGGAUCGACAGCACGCAGUCGGACGUGAGCUACCUGCAUCUGCUGACGGAGCAGGAGCGCAGCCAGCACGCGAGCGCAUGGGACGACGAGCCCGCGGAUCCACACGCCGCCCGGCAACAGGCCGCACUCGACCGCCUUCGCGUGUGGGAGAACCACGUUGGGCGGGCGUACGACGCGCAGGUGAAGCCGAAACCGCGAGCAAUGGAGACACCGGCCGUGCUCAAACCGCGCCGCCGCCUCAAGCUCAACGUCACCUCGUAGUGGUGGCAGACGCUGGUGCUGGUGCUGGUGCUGCUGGUGCUACUGUUGCUGGUGUUGAAAGUGGUGGUGAUGAAGUUGGUGGUGCUCCUGCAUGUGGUAGGGCUGGUGGGGGGCGCACUUGCGUUUCCUUCGGUGUGCUGGCGUGGGUUACCGUUGCUGGCUGGCUGUGCGUCUCGGACUUGUUAGACUCUGGGGUUGGUCGCUUGUUUCUUGACUGGUGGUGGUGUCUGAACUUGAGAAUCGAUGAAACAACGUGCGAAAUGCGUGUGUUGGUCUGUGUGGAUGCUUCGUUGUCGAGACAGCAUGCGAAUGUGGUGCACUGCGGUGGCGUGGCGGUGUUGGACCGAACACCGUUUUUUUUUUUUUGGUCUCAGACAAUAAGACAGUUCCACUUGAGCAC